AAUUAGCAAAUUGAUUACUAUUACUUACAACAGUCUACAACAAUGUUUGCUGCUGAUAGCCGUGUUGAUAGUAAACAAAUAAAUGGCCUUGAAAAUAUGCCAUAAAAAGACAGUGCUAGUAUGGACACAAAUUUAAAGUAUAGCAGCAUGAAUAGCUUCCGAGUCUUAACACAGUAUUUAGUAGUGUGCCUGCUAGUAAUGCAGCCCAUCAAAGCAGAUGAGUUUUCCCAAUGCGCCAAUGUAGCAGCCGAAUCGUUUAUCAUGGCCAUGGACGACUGUACCAGCUACAUUUACUGCAAUGGUGAGGAUUCAUUUAGAGACAACUGUCCAGAUCAAACGUACUUUGAUGCCAUUGCGCAGGAGUGCGCCUUCGAUGAUGAAGGUAUUUGUCUAACGCGUGGAGCUGUGACUGUUGAAUCCAUGGCGAUAACUGAGCAAUCAACAGCAGAAGAGAACACUGAGCAGCUGGCGGUUGAAUUAGCAACAUCAACGACAACAACAAUAGCAGUAGCUGAGAUGACAAUGGCGGCACCAACAACAGCAACCUCCGCGCCAGCGGCUGUGAGCAACAGACCGCAUUGUGAUAGCUCCGUUGAUGGCUAUCAUGCACAUCCGUCACGCUGUGAAUAUUAUUUUAAAUGCAUAAGCGGAUAUUUGACCAUAGCGCGCUGUCCUUACACAUAUGCCUGGGAUUAUAGACGAGCACAGUGCAGGCCCUUGUCCGAGGCACAAUGUUUUAGUUUAUAAGCAAAACUGUAAAAUUCUUGUGACACAUUUAUAUAAGGCUGCUAACCCAGAUAAAUGUGCAUAAGGCAGCGGCACA